CUCCGCCCACCACCGCUCGCCCCCUCCCGUCUCCCUUCGGCUCCCUUCGUUCCCCUUCGGCUCCCUUCGUUUCCGUUCGUUCCCCUUCGGCUCCUCCGCUCGGCUCCCUUCGGCUCCGUCCGCCUCCCUUCGGCUCCGUUCGUUCCCUUACGGCUCCUCCGCUCGGCUCCCUUCGGCUCCGUCCGCCUCCCUUCGGCUCCGUUCGUUCCCCUUCGGCUCCCUUCGUUUCCGCUCGGCUCCCUUCGGCUCCCUUCGUUCCCCUUCGGCUCCCUUCGCCCCCUCCCCCGGCCUUGACCCCACGAUGGCGGCGCUGCGCAGCGUGAAGGGCCUGGUGGCGCUGGUGACCGGCGGCUCUUCGGGCUUGGGCCGAGCCACGGCGGAGCGCCUGGUGCAGCAAGGGGCCCGCGUCGUCCUCCUCGACCUCCCCAGCUCGCAGGGGGCCGAGCUGGCGGCGGAGCUGGGGGGCAGCUGCGCCUUCGCCCCCGCCGACGUGACGUCCGCCAAGGAGGUGGAGGCCGCCCUGGAGGUGGCCAAGAAGACGUUCGGGAGGCUGGAGCUGGCGGUGAACUGCGCCGGGGUGGGCAUCGCCGUGAAGACCUACAACGCCAAGAAGGACAAGGUGCACGAGCUGGAGGACUUCCAGCGCGUCGUCAACGUUAACCUGGUCGGGACCUUCAACGUGACCCGCCUCAGCGCCCGCCUGAUGAGCCAGAACCCCCCCGACCCCGACGGCCACCGGGGCCUGGUGGUGAACACAGCCAGCGUGGCCGCCUUCGAGGGGCAGGUGGGGCAGGCGGCCUACUCGGCCUCCAAGGGCGGCAUCGUGGCCAUGACGCUGCCCAUCGCCCGGGACCUCGCGCCCCUGGGGAUCCGCGUGGUCACCAUCGCCCCAGGGUUGUUCUCCACCCCGCUGCUGGCCGGUUUGCCCGAGCGGGUGCGGAGCUUUUUGGGGCAGCAGGUGCCGUUCCCGUCCCGCUUGGGGCACCCCGGGGAGUUCGCCCACCUGGUGCAGGCGCUGGCCGAGAACCCGAUGAUCAACGGGGAGGUGGUGAGGCUGGACGGGGCCCUGCGCAUGCA